AUGACAAACACCAAAGGUUAUCGUCGAGGCACAAGAUACUUAUUCUCUCGAAAAUUCAGGCACCAUGGACCUCUGCCGUCUUCGGUUUAUAUGCGAGUGUAUCGACGUGGUGAUAUCGUAGAUAUAAAGGGUGAUGGUGGUGUCCAAAAGGGUAUGCCCCACAAGUCAUAUCAUGGUCGAACUGGUCGCGUCUAUAACGUCACUCCACAUGCUGUUGGAAUAAUCGUCAAUAAACGUGUCGGUAAUCGUAUAAUUCCUAAACGAAUAAAUGUAAGGAUUGAACAUGUGAAGCCCAGUAAGUGCAGAGAAGAUUUCCUCCGUCGUGUGAAAGAGAAUGACGUAAAAAGACGGGAAGCAAAAGAAAGAAAUGUGUUUGUCCAACUGAAGCGACAGCCUGCCCAGCCAAGGAUAGCUCACUUCGUAAAGACCAAAAAUAAUCCAGUUGUCACUGUCCAUCCGUUACCGUAUGAACUCAUUGCUUAAAUCAAAUAUAAUUGUUAAUGGUCUGUAUUUCUUUUAAUUGUCGUACGUUUGUGUAGGUUGUAAAAGUGAUAGACAAUACGCUAUUUUGACGAUUAGUUAGUUGAGUUAGUCGAGAACAAGUAGUGUCAUGUGACUGUUGAGUGCUAUAUGGGUUUACUAGUCCACAUGUACAACAAAAUGCCUUUAAAUGUAGUUCAAAUAUGUAGAAAAACUGCCGAGAAGACAACUUGUGUGAAAACGUGCGGGGGCUUAGAUUUUGUGCAGCGAGAUGCUUUCAACCGACGCAGUUGAUACUUUUAUCUACCUUAUUUAUGAUGCUUCCGUACCCCAAAACAAUGGUCGUGCUCAUUUUCUCACAAGUCAUCAGUUUGUUUUUUUCAGGAGAUUUGAAUGGUCUGAGAUUACCUAGACAUGUUUUGUAGGGUAGGUUCCCCAUGCUUUCCGGCUUAUAUUAUGACUCAGAAUGCAUGUUGGGUAAACGGCGGGUUUAAAACUAUUCAGUUUCUUUUUAUUGCUAUUAUAGACAGUGUGCGCAUUGUUAUUUAUGGUGUGAAGAAAU